UGAAGUUUAGUUUGCACACCGAUGUUUUAUGAAAAAGUAAAUAAACACAAUGGAUCAGCAAACGACGAGUACUCGUCGAAAAAUAUUAAGUCAUGUUAUUUGCACAAUGUUGAAUGAGUGCGGCUUUGAGUCCUGUGAAAAGGCUGCGUUAGAAACUUUAACUGAAAUGCUGCAAUCAGUUUUAUAUGAAGUCGGACAAUCAGCCCGAAACUAUUGUGAACUAUCUGGUAGAACAGAGAUCCUUAUUGCAGACGUAGUACUGGCUUUGGUCAAUGCUGGUAUCAAAUUGGAUGGUAUUCAUACUUAUGGGUUUAGAAAAAGUAGACCAACUUUGCCUUCUUUAUCACAGCAAACUGCAACCAAACAGUUAAAUAUUCUACAAGCUGGAGUCAAACAGAGUCAUCCUCCUCACAUACCUAGUUAUUUGCCACCACUGCCAGAUCCUCAUGCUUAUAUUAGAACUCCUACUCAUAAACAACCUGUGACUGAAUAUGAAGCUAUAAGAGAAAAGGCUGCACAACAAAAAAGGGAUAUUGAACGGGCAUUGACUAGGUUUACAGCUAAGACUGGAAAAACACACAGUUUGUUCCUGAAAGACGACAACAGUAUGUUUCCAUUGAUAGGAUGUACACCUCAAUUUCCCAGCUACUUGUCAGCUCUUUUAUCACAAGAUCAAAUUUUUGAUGAAGAAGAACAGGAGACAGAAACUAGUCCAGUGAAAAAGAAAAAAGAAAAAGAAACUGAAAAUAUAGAUGUCAAACAAGAAGCUAAUGAUCAAGAUAUCAAUACAGAACAAAAUGAGGAGUCAAAUCCACAAACAGAGGUAAUAGAUAAUCCUUACCUCAGGCCUGGUAAAAUACCAAAAAAUAAAAUAUCGCCGACAAAGCCAGAAAGUGGUGUUUUAAGUUUUUAGGGUAAUAAAAUAAGAAAGAAAUGUUGUUGAAAAGACACAGAAUCUAUUUGUUGUUAAGUACAAAAAUACAUUUUUUAAUUUUUAUAUGCAGUAUUUUUAGAAAAGUGAAAGUGUAGAUUUAUUUUUAAAUCAUUGUAUUUUG